AUUUCUAUUUUCUCUUUCUUCAUGCGAUUAUUUCUUGCUUAAUUUUCAUUUUCUUCAUUCGCUCAUGCAAAUACAAAUGUUCACGCCUUUCUCUCUCCUUUUUGGAAUCGUUUUUUUCUCCACCCCUAUUCUCUAUAGAUGAAUCUCAUCAUUUCUAUGUCCACAAUAAAGUGAACCCACCAAAAAGUGGCCUUUGAUUGCGCUAUUAAUCUUUCUUGCCCUUUUGGUGUUAUAAGUAUUCUCUACAGUUGUUUCAGUUAGUGGGAUUUUGUUUGUAUUUGUGUGUGUGUGUGUGCGUGUGUGUGUGCGUGUGUGUAAGAGAGAGAGAGAGAGAGAGAGAGAGAGAGAGAGAGAGAGAGAGAGAGAGAGAGAGAGAAUGUGUGUGUAAAAGAAUAGGAGAAAAGAGAAAAGUUUGAAAUGAGGAGAGGUUGAAUUAGAGGUUUGCCUUGCCAUUUUGCCAAGCAUGGGUUGGUGUAAUUAUUGGGUUAAGUGCGCAUUGUCAAAUUGCUCUUACCUAUUCUUUUUUGUCUGUCUCCCGCAAUUUUGUGACUGAUGAAAUUAAGGCGCCGAAAAUGUAUCCCUUCUUGUGCCUCUCACCACAGAGUUGAUGAAGAUGAACUAUACUGCAAUCGGAAGAAGCGAGAGGAAGAAUCGGCAUGCUCGCGUAAUUCAACUCACGUAAUAUCACAGUUAGCUCAGUGCUUUAGUAAUGCUAUGGUUGGACCAAGAGCAUGGAUAGGAGGAUUCUUUAACCGCUACGGCAAUAAAAAAUUUGGAAGUGACAAAUAUCUCGACUACACUUUGACUCCUAUUCAGGAAGAAAGGCUGCAAAGUCUUCAAGAACGAUUAGGAGUACCUUUCGACGAGACAAGGAUUGAACACCAAGAAGCUCUACGGGAUUUGUGGAGUGCGGCAUUCCCAAAUGUGAAGCUAAAAAGUUUGAUCUCCGAGCAGUGGAAAGAUAUGGGCUGGCAAGGCGCUAAUCCGUCCACUGAUUUCAGGGGGUGUGGAUUAAUUUCGCUCGAGAACUUGCUAUUUUUCGCUACAACUUAUCCGGUUACUUUUCGUAGGUUACUUCUAAAAGAAGGUGGAAAGCGUGCUCAAUGGGAGUACCCUUUUGCUGUCGCUGGCAUUAACGUUUCUUAUAUGCUCAUUCAAAUGCUCGACUUACAAUCAGAAAAACCGAAAUGUCUUCCGGGACUUAAUUUUCUUAAAUUAUUGGAAGAAGAGGAAGACGCUUUUGAUGUCCUCUAUUGCAUAGCAUUCGCGUUGAUGGAUGCUCAGUGGCUUGCCAUGCAAGCUUCGUAUAUGGAGUUCAAUGAGGUUCUUCUAGUAACAAAGACACAACUGGAGAGAGAAUUGUCUUUAGAAGAUGUUCACAGAAUACAGGAGCUGCCUGCUUAUAACAUGUUGUUUCAUUAGUUUGUGCAGUUGCUCGAUUUUCCAAUGUACAGUUAAAAUAACGAGUCGAACUAGAAGACAGAGAGCAGAUCUUUCUUUCUCUGAGCAUUAAUUAAUCGCUUCGACAAAUUAAAUGUCGAGGGAUCAUUACAUUGAACGAUUUCUUGCUAGAUUUGUUAGUUAAAUAUGCUUUACAAUUUUGCUUUAUGGGCGCGCUAUUUUGUUGGUAUAUGCAGAGCUGUAAUCUAUCCAUAUUUCUUCAUGAUUUUCAAGAAUGA